CCCCCCCCCGGCCGUUGGAAGCCCUAUCCUCUCCAUUUCUACGACAAUGGAGUCCGUCGCCUCAUGGGGCCUCACACCCCUCUCCUCUGUUGACCCCGAGAUCCACGAUCUCAUCGAGAAGGAGAAACGCCGCCAGUGCCGCGGCAUCGAGCUCAUCGCCUCCGAGAACUUCACGUCCUUCGCCGUCAUCGAGGCCCUUGGCAGCGCUCUAACCAACAAGUACUCCGAGGGCAUGCCUGGUAACCGCUACUACGGGGGUAACGAGUUUAUCGACGAGAUCGAGAACCUCUGCCGCUCCCGCGCUCUCCAGGUCUUCCACCUUGAUGCUGAUAAAUGGGGCGUCAAUGUCCAACCCUAUUCUGGCAGCCCCGCUAACUUUGCCGCUUACACCGCGCUUCUCAACCCUCAUGAUCGGAUUAUGGGGCUUGAUCUGCCUUCUGGGGGCCAUCUCACGCAUGGAUACUAUACUGCUGGUGGGAAGAAGAUUUCAGCCACUUCGAUCUAUUUCGAGAGUCUCCCUUAUAAGGUGAAUCCGACUACGGGUUUCUUGGACUAUGAUAGGCUUGAAGAGAAGGCUUUGGAUUUCCGCCCCAAGCUCAUUAUCUGCGGUGGGAGCGCGUACCCGAGGGAUUGGGAUUAUGGGCGGUUUAAGUCCAUUGCGGACAAGUGCGGGGCGCUGCUACUCUGCGACAUGGCUCACAUCAGUGGCCUUGUCGCUGCCCAGGAAGCUAAUAAUCCCUUUGAAUACUGUGAUAUUGUCACCACUACAACCCACAAAAGCCUUCGAGGUCCAAGAUCUGGUAUGAUUUUCUACAGAAAAGGCCCUAAGCCUCCCAAGAAGGGUCAGCCUGAGGAUGCCGUUUAUGAUUUUGAAGACAAGGUCAACUUUGCUGUGUUCCCAUCCCUCCAAGGUGGCCCUCACAAUCACCAGAUUGCUGCAUUGGCUGUAGCCUUAAAGCAGGCCACUUUGCCUGGAUUUAGGGCUUAUGCUAAGCAGGUAAAGGCCAAUGCUGCUGCACUUGGAAAUCAUUUGAUGAGCAAGGGAUACAAUAUUGUUACGGGUGGGACCGAAAAUCACUUGAUUCUUUGGGAUUUGAGACCUCUUGGCUUAACUGGUAAUAAGGUGGAGAAGCUCUGUGAUCUUUGCAACAUAACACUCAACAAAAAUGCUGUUUUUGGUGACAGCAGUGCUCUGGCUCCUGGAGGUGUCCGGAUUGGAGCGCCUGCAAUGACAUCCAGGGGAUUGCUCGAGAAGGACUUUGAGCAAAUCGGAGAGUUUCUCCACCAAGCGGUGAGCAUCACCCUCAGCAUCCAGAAGGAACACGGUAAGCUCCUGAAAGACUUCAAUAAGGGCUUAGUGAACAACGAAGGCAUCGAUAACUUGAAGUCUGCUGUAGAGAAAUUUUCUGCUUCAUUCGAUAUGCCUGGAUUUCAUAUUUCUGACAUGAAAUACAAGGACUAGGCUAAUCUCUUCUACUUUUUUCUAUUAUAAUAAUAUUCCAAGCCUAUAUUUUUUUGCCUCAAUCUUAUAUUUAAUCUUAUAUUUUAACGUUGUUUUCUGCUUGAAGAAAUGGCCUGGAAAGGAAAAAAAAAACAUUCAGUACUGUAUUGAGAAAUGAAAAUUGUUGUUUAUGUUGUA